AUGUCCAGAUUUGUAACUAUACAUUAUGACCCAGAGAAAUGGGUGGAGUUGAACAAGCGCCCAAACCGUAAGAAAUUGGUGACAAUCACGGAUGGACAGUCAGAAUCUACCAAUACGAGUAGAAAUAGUGUAGAUUUGACUCCUUCCAAGAUGGUUACGUUUAAAUUCGGAAGUAGGGCGAAAUCAAGGGAAGUUAGUACUUCUCCUACUAAGAGAAUAUCAUCGCCAACACUUGCGGCAUUGAGAAACCUCCACAAAAAUGGUAACAACAUAAAUACAGUAAAUAGAAGUAGAAGUGCGUCACCUCCUGUGGAAUUUCAAAGGAGUGAAACACCCAAUAUUGAUGACUCGUUGACGGCAAUGUCGAUGUAUCAAAAUUUCGUCAUGGAACAGAAGACCGAGCAAGAAGUAUUGGAAGCGGACUGGUUUGACGAUCUAAAACGAGUGGCUCAGAGAUUGCAUUUUCUCAGAGAAGCUUACAAAAUAGUGCAAAGUGUACAUAGGAAAAAGCUAGAGGUGAAACAAAGUAGCACACCAGAAGCAGAAAACGAGGCAGGUGAAGUAGUAGGCAACUUGGUGGUUGAGGAAGAAGAAGGUGUAACAACACCAGCCGGAAUAGAUGUAGAAGAAGAAGAAAGCAGUAGAAGGCGAGAAAGUGUAGGUGACCAUUUGAGUCUUGACUUGUUGAAUGUUCCUGGAAUAACGAUAUCGCCACUUGUUCUGGAAGCAGAUCAAGAUGAAGAAGAUAUAACUUCUAGCCAACCUGGCACUUCACCUAUAAAGCAGAGUGGUGGAGAAAAUGAUUCUACAGGUGAUAACAUUAUGCUAUCAGGUAGGAGGCGGAAUUUUAUCGGCAGCAACGAGAACAGUAUCUACAAAAAGGAAAAUGACAAUUUGGACCUAGAUGUGGGAUCCCUACAAGACAAUGAUAACGACAGUAUUGAUGGUGGUAACAGCAGCAGCAACUUUGAAACACCCAUGGAACAUAUUAGUGGCAUGUACUAG